AAUCUGUGCUGCUCGGUCAUUUUGUCAAGAAGGCAGCAUGGUGCAUAGUCCAAAACAUACAUCUCUUUUCCAUAAAGUAAAAGUUUUAAUUUUCUAACAAAUUUUCAUUGGAAAGGUAGAUAAAGCGUUUUUAUUUAAAGCAAACACUUUUGCAUGAGAAACCCAGAAUCCUACUAAUUGCUACACGUACUUAAUUACAUCACUUUUGUUUUGAGCCGACAUCGCCGAAUGAAAUUAACUUUCAGCCGAUGACAAACAUGCCUACACGGGCCCCCGGAUAUCCUUUUGACCAGUCUGCCUCGCAUGGAGUUGCGCGCUGAUGGCAACCGUGGAGAUGUCGGAGAUUAAAGGCAAAGAUGAGGUGCCUUUGGAAGGCGACGGCGAUUACGAAAGUUUACCACCUCAUGCCUCAUUGACAAUCCACAUGACAGCAGGAGCAGUGGCUGGAAUCCUGGAGCACACGGUGAUGUACCCCGUGGACUCUGUCAAGACCAGGAUGCAGAGUUUGCAGCCAGACCCGAAGGCUCAGUACAGCAGCGUAUACGAGGCCCUGAGAAGGAUCAUCCAAACGGAGGGCCUCCUCAGACCCUUGAGGGGCCUCAACAUCACCAUGCUGGGGGCUGGCCCUGCCCAUGCCCUCUACUUUGCCUGCUACGAACGGGUCAAGUGCACACUCAGCGAAGUAAUUCAGAAUGGAGGCAACAGCCACAUAGCAAAUGGACUGGCAGGCUGUGUGGCCACUGUGCUGCAUGACGCAGUCAUGAACCCAGCUGAAGUGGUGAAACAGCGGAUGCAGAUGUACAACUCUCCCUACCGGAACCUGUUGGACUGUGUUCGGACUAUACGACAUACUGAGGGGCUCGCAGCCUUCUACCGCAGCUACAGCACACAGCUGGCCAUGAACAUUCCCUUCCAGGCUGUCCACUUUAUGACCUAUGAAUUGAUGCAGGAGCGGCUCAACCCCCACAGACAGUACCACCCCUGCAGCCACAUACUGUCUGGGGCUGCGGCGGGAGCUGUGUCGGCAGCGAUAACCACCCCGCUGGAUGUGUGUAAGACCCUGCUCAACACACAGGAGAAUGUAGCGCUCAGCUCCAUGCACAUCAGUGGUCAUCUCACAGGCAUGGCCAAUGCCUUCAGGACAGUGUAUCGCUUUGGCGGCAUGGCUGCCUUCUUCAAAGGGAUCCAGGCCCGGGUCAUAUACCAGAUGCCCUCCACUGCAAUUGCCUGGUCAGUCUAUGAGUUCUUUAAGUACUUCCUGACCAAGCAGCAGAUGGAGGGAGAGGCUGGGACAACAGGCCCAGUCUGAGGAAGGGCUGUGAACGGGUUCGACCAUCCACCACACGUAUUCUGGAAGCUCCUGGCUCUCCAAUGGAAUCCAUGCCAAACGUCUCAUUGUGUACACAAUGUUGUGUUCAUAAUUUAUAUAUGUGUGCUGUUGUGUAAUAAUCUGUGUUUUCUCAAAGGGAAGUCACUGCAAUGGAGGAAGUUUGAAAGACUUGCUACGGGAGUGGUCAACUGUGGCACUCCUUACCCUUCUUACAUACUCAGCAAGCCCUUCCAUUGUACAGUGUCAUUCAUUAGAGGAGUGGAGGCUGUUACAUGAACAGGAAGUGCACAGAGAUGGCUUGUCUUUCCAUUAAUGCAGAGAAAAGGGCAUCUUAUGGCAACAGGCCCUUUUCACAAAUCACCUGUUCACUACGCGCACAACACUCCCAACUUUGUCUAUAUCUAGUGAUUGUGUUUGGCUGCAUUCAUACAGUAUGUAUACUGAACAAAAAUAUAAAUGCAAUUUCAACGAUUUUACUGAGUUACAGUUCAUAUAAGGAAAUCAAUCAAUUGAAAGAAAUUGAUUAGGCCCAAAUCUAUGGAUUUCACAUGACUGGGCAGGGGUGCAGCCAUUGGUGGGCCUGGGAGGGCAUAGGCCCACUCAUUGGGGAGCCAGGCCCAGCCAAUCAGAAUGAGUAUUUCCCAACAAAAGGGCUUUAUUACAGUCAGAAAUACCACUCAGUUUCAUCAGCUGUCCGGGUGGCUGGUCUCAGACAAUGCUGCAGGUGAAGAAGCCAGAUGUGGAGGUCCUGGGCUGGCGUGGUUGCACGUGGUCUGCGUUUGUGAGGCCGGUUUGCGUACUGCCAAAUUCUCUAAAAUGUUGUUGGAGGCGGCUUAUGUUAGAGACAUUAACAUGCAAAUCUCUGGCAACAGCCCUGGUGGACAUUUCUUCAGUCAGCAUGCCAAUUGCAUGCUCCCUCAACUUGAGACAUAUGUGGCAUUGUGUUGUAUGACCCUUUAUUGUCCCCAGCACAAUGUGCACCUGUUUUAAUGAUCAUGCCGAUUAAUCAGCUUCUUGAUAUGCCACACCUGUCAGGUGGAUGGAUUAUUUUAGCAAAGGAGAAAUGUUCACUAACAGGGAUGGAAAGAGAUUUGUGCACAUUUGUACUUUUUCGUGCAUAUGGGGGGAAAAAAUGGGAUGUUUUAUUUCAGCUCAUGUAACAGAGGACCAGCAUUUUACAUGUUGCGUUUAUAUUUUUGUUCAGUAUAGAUCUGAAAUGGGGAACACUUUUUUUAAAUGUACUUUUCAGUGCUUGUAUUUUAUGAAUUCAGAAGAGAUGUGGCUUUUUGCUUGAUUUUCUUUUCUUGUGUAUUUAUAAAGGACUGUUUGAACACAUUCCUGAGUCUCGCUGCACAGUAAACACAGAACAAUUGCGCUUUCAAAGUGCCUCUUUAGUAAUGAAGUCUGCUACAAGCUAAGCUUUUUGUUGUUCAGGUCCUAGAUAUAAAUAGAUUGGACUGAUCAUUAUUUCCAUGAUCAUAAUCAUUGUUUGCCAUUAAAAGGGCUUAUCAUUCUGUG